AUGCUCCCCUCCUCGAAUCAAGGCUUGAUCUUUGGUAGUGAUUUUCGAUCGGAAAAGUUAAUUCUCAUGCAGCAAGUUCGGGAGGGUAUGCGAGAAUUUUCGCGUACUCAGAACAAACAAGCGGAUGCUUUUUUGCAGGAAUUUAAGAAGCGUGAUGAUGCAUGGGAAAUUUUGUUUGAUAUUCUGUUGAUGGAUUUUCAUCAACAACAGGGAAUGAUGAAUUCAUUACCACAAGAUGAAAAUGAGAGAUUUAUCUGCUCUCACCUUAUUUAUAUGAAAAUACUCUAUUCCUAUCAAACGUUUGAUGCCAAAAAUAUGGAAUGGGUACGAUGCAGUUUACUGAAAUCUAUCGCAUUAUUCUACAAUCGAUAUUUAUUAACAGGAAAACCAAGUGAUAAACUAGUCACGCGUCGAUUGUUGCUUGCUCUUACCAUGUUUUCACUGUAUUCAAUUCUCGCUAACAAUACAGAUUUAGAGCAAGUGGACAUUUUUUCUGAAACAUUUCGAUAUAAGAGCCACGUGACAAAUAAUAACAGUUUAGUCAUUUUUGAUAUUGGAAAUAGUAUUCAAAAUUUACAAAGUUUUGACUCAAACACGUUAUUUAAUGCACUAAAUGGAAAUGGAUCGUUUACAAUCACUCUUAGCAUCUUGGAGCCCGCACUUGAAUGGUUUUCUUUAUUGUUGGAGCAAAUGGAGAGUGUGAACAUGUUUGAAAAUUCAGAACAGGCAGAGUUGAAAAAAGAAUUUAAAAAGAUGGAAGACAGGCUUCUCAAUUUCAUUUCUCAUAUUUUGAUGCUACCUCUUGAUGCAAAGGAAAAAUAUAAUUAUUUUGUAAAUUUAAAAAUUAAUGCCAUCAGUAUACUGAAAAACUGGGUUGUCUUUGGAAUUUCUCCUAAAUUUAUUUAUCAAGACGAUACACUUUUACAAAUUCUCUAUAAUAUUAUUUCUAUAAGAAAUAUUGACCUAUUCUUUCCAACAAUGGAGUGCAUCAACGAGAUAUUUAACAUUUACAUUAACUCAAAACAUAUUGGAGUUAUAAAAAAGUAUUUAGGUCUCACUCUAUCAGAAUUGAGACCAAUAUUCGAACAACAUGCAGCAAAUUUAUCAAAUGAAACAAGUUUUGCAGUUUGUAGAGAAAUUAUCAAGCUUUGUGUCACAUUGGGAGAUAAAGGAACGGAAUGGCUCAUAAACAUGGAUGCUAUUAGAUAUAUUUCAGCACAUCGUAUGUUACCUUCAGGAGUGACUAUUGUAGAUGAAAAAGCAAAACAAUUUUUGGCAAUGAGUGUUUGUUUCACAUCUAUUCCUAACAUAAAUUUGGCAGAGACAAUGCAUGCUUUUUGGUAUCAUUUACAAAAUUGUGAGAUUGAUUUUGUCAAGCUUGGAACUCUGGAUCCUACCUUAUUUAUUCCUCCUGAAUUACAACACACCAUAUCAUCUCAUUUUCGGCUAGAACUGAUUGAGUAUUUCAAACCUCUAUUAGAAAAUACAAUUACUCAAGGAGUUGACGACUCGGUCAAGUACAUGGGACUAAUAACUACAAAUAGAGAAGAGUUAGAUACUUUCAGAGACUCCACAAGAGAGGUUUUCGUUUCUGGCUACUAUAUUCUAAGGGAGGAAGCUAUGCACGUUUGUGAGGAAAAACUACUUACUCUCGAGAAGCGAGGCCAUAUUCAACAAUUGACACAAUACAUGAAAUCCCUACCUUCUCUCCUUACCUCCAAUGAAUGUGAAUAUCACAUUGGCCAAUUUGCACAGCUAUUAGUUUCAACCUUGCCAGACUUUGGUUUGUUAGAGUCUAUUUUCUUUUCCUUGAACAGUUUUGGAGAUAUGAUCCGUUCACACGAGGCAGCAAAAUAUUUUGGAUCUUUCUUUUCCCAUGUCCAACAGUUUGCAGACUUGCUAGUGACAUUUUAUCAAAGUAUAUCAGAGAUUCAAAACCUACUUUCUGCACAUGCAUAUAGAGAUUUAAUUGAAAAGACACUGUUAGAAAAAGUCAUUUCAUGCAUGCAGAUUUCGAACUUGUCCAAUGUUAAAAAAGCAAGUAGUAUAUUUUCCAAAUUGGAGUCCCAUGUAGCCAUUCCUAUUUGGAAAUCAAUGAUGCAACUGAUCGAUAGAUUUUCUGCAAUAAUUGCACAAUCAGGAGAACAUGCAAUCAUUUGGUGUAUCAAUUUUACUGUGAAUUCGAUAACUGGCUUCAAAAAUUCCUUGAAGGCGGAACAUUCACUAUCCAAUCAAAAGAGAGAUAAUAAUGUGAAAGCACUAAUGCACAUGUCAGCCGCUUCUUUCUCCUCUCUGUGUGAACAAGUUUCUUCUCCCAGCAAAUCUGAAAAUACAAGCACCACAUUGCUUAAAGAUCUAGUUCUUUCUAUGCAUGAUGGUCAUUUAUUGGAUCAAUUUGAAGCAAGUGUUUCACAAAAGAUAUACAAGGGAUUGAGCCAUAUUAUUGUUGCCUUGUCUGAAUUCCCUUCAACACAAGAACACCUAUUAGGAUUGCUAUUGCAGAAUAUUGUAACCAAUAUUGAGCGUAUUUUGACAGAGAGACAAAAUAGUCUCAAUGAACCAAGUGUAGGAGAUGUAUAUGAAAAUGAGAAGAGUUUACAAGCUUCCAUUAGUUUACAUUUUGAGAUUAGAAAGAUCAAGAGUUUACUAUACGCAUUUGAUGCAAACCGAUCGUGUGAAGAACAAAACAACGAUACUAUUCUCAAUAUUAUGCUCAAAUUAUUCGAGAGCAUUUUGCAUUACACCGUUCAAAUAUUAUAUUUAUUUGUCAAGAAGAAUUGUAUGACAAACACCAAUGAUGUAUCUUUGUAUUUAAGCAAUUAUUGGGGAAGGUAUAUUGAUCAACAUUUACUAUGCAACCACAUUUCAGACUUGUGGAAGGUCAUGAUCACAACCAUUGGUUGCAAGAAUCCUUUAACUUAUCCAUUUUUACACAAAAUUUUGCGUAUUGCAUGCCAAUUCUUUUGCUUUGGCAAGGUGAUGGGAGUUGAACAAACAAUUGACGAAUCCCAAUUUUUGCUCGAGUUACAAUUAAUGGCAUCUCAAAAUGUAGAUCCCAACAUUAAUGCAAUUACACAACAUCUUCAAAGAUAUUUUGUCGAGUGUCAGCCGUAUGCUUACAUGUUAGAUGUGAUUGGAAUUUUAUUUGCUGACAUGAAAGAUGUUCCAUUCCCUCAAACAUUUAUGACCUAUUUUACUCCAAUUUUUGUACUUUGUUACAAUCUAAGUUCAUCCAAUAUUUAUGAAAAUAGAUUAGAAUGGAUGAAGAAUAAGAGAACCGUUAUGGAAGAAUACUCACCAUAUUUAAGAGGACAUUUUUCAGAGGAUGAGAGAGGAGAUUUGCUCAUAGCAUUAUUCAGACUUUUCAAUUUUACAUGGACUUUAUAUCCAGAAAAUUAUCUCACAAAUCCAAUUCAUUACUACUUUUUGGACGAUCUGAUCUUGAGUUUAAUUGAAAAUCAUAUUGGCGGAGGAUUGGAUCCAAGUCAAAAUGGUUCCAAAUCAGUCUCCAACUACAUUUCCACAUUUGUUUUUACAUUUUCUCAACUAUUGAAUCUUGAAAAUAGACAAGAGGGAACAUUCUUGAGAGAACUUCACAAUGAGAUCAUCAAAAAUUAUGCAUUCAAACUUAUUCCCUUGCUUUUGAAAUACAUUCUAUUAACUGACAACACCAACGUCUCUCAAAUGCACAAAACACUCUACGGAUUCUUUACUUACAACAAGAUGUAUUUUGUGACGUGUGCGGCAAACUUUGUGAUGGGAUCUUUGGAAAUUCAACAACUUGUCACACAUCGUGUAUUGAGUCCAAAAGAUUUGACUGAUUUUUCAUCCAAACUCUCCACCACAAGUACUCACACAACACUUGCACUUCGAAAUACGAUCAAAGAUUUCCAAGAAGUUAUUGCAAAAGCCAUCAACUUGUUAAAGCAUGGAAACACAGUCUCCAAUGUAGCUCACACAGAUUCGGACUCUGAUUUGCAAAUUCGAUCCUUAUUGGAUCAUUAA